UGUUAUACACGUGACUGGCAAAAUGAAUUCAUGAUUGCAUGGUGAUUGGUUACGAUACACAAUAAACAUUUGAUUGAUCAACAAUGAAUCUCAACGAAUUUCAACUAAAUAUUUUUUCAGGAGAUUUUGGUUUGCCAUCAAUUCACCGUGAUAGUCUGUUGGCAAUUGCCUAUUGUUCAUUGGCAGGAAUCAAACAAAUCAAAAUAAAUCUACGUGAUGACCUGUAUUACAGUAAACUUCCAUCACUUUCCACCGAGUUGAAUGAAAGGAUCGAAGGUGUCCAAAAUGUGAUCGAUUAUUUCGAAACCACUCAAUAUAAUACUGAAUUUGUCAAAAGGAAUGGCCAACAUCAGUUUGAUUUUCUAAGCUAUAAAUGCCUAUUCGAUAGCAGACUAGAACCAUGUUUGCUUUAUCUUCAUUGGUAUGAUGAAGAGAAUUACAAUGAAAAUAUCAGCUGCUGGUAUGCCAAGAAAGCUCCAUUUCCAACAAAUUUUCUUCUUCCUCGAUUAUUACGAAAAGAAUAUAUUGGCAAAUUAGAGAAAAGGUUUCCAAUCAAAAUACUCGAAGACGAUAAUCGUGCUAAAUUGAUUGAGAAAAAAGUGAUUGCUGACGCUAUUCUAUGUUUGAAUUCUUUGUCCACCAGACUUGAGAAUCGUCCAUAUUUAUUCGGUUCGAAACCCACUAAAAUUGAUGCCUAUCUUUACACAUAUCUGGCUUUGUUGUCACGAUUACCAGUUAAAAAAGAAAUGAUACGUGCCCAUAUACGUUCAUCACCACAUCUGCAACAAUAUUUGAAUCGAAUCGAUCAGAUGGAUUAUCUUAAACAAUUUUCUGCCAAUUCGAAUGGCGUAUCAUCACCAUCUGCUAAUGAUAUUAUCCACCAUGAUAGCUAUUUGACCAUUAAAUGGACAGAUGUAUUGUUUUCCGGUGCAAUUGCCGCAAUGCUCAUGGUUUACUAUGCAUUCUCGAUUGGAAUCAUUUCAACAUCUGACCAAAAUGAUGAUGACGAUGAAGGUGAAGAAUUGCAGCAACAAGAACAACAACAAGAACAACAAAAAUCUGAAAAUUAGUUUUCGAAAAUAAAUUGUAUUGUAUAGCAUUUUUAGUGUUUUAUAUUGAAUAAAUGAAUGAUUAAAAGAAAAAUGUUUGAGAAAAGAGA